AAGGCAUAAGGGGGUCAAACACAGUAUUAGUAUGGUGUUCCCAAUAAUCCUUUAGGUGAUUGUAUAUUUACUACAAGCAUCAUAGCUGUGGUGGUGAUUAGUCUGAAACCAGCCAAAUUAAGUAUCAGAAUACAGAAUACCGUUUGAAAAUAUAAAUGAUUGCAGUUGUUUCUUGACUAAAGAUUCUAAAAUUUCUAAGGAAUGGAAGUCUUGAUGUGGGUCUGUAGUUAUAUAAAUCAUCACUCUCCUCUCCUGUAUGUAGUUCGAGCACAAGUGCAGCCUUACGUACUUUGGGGAUCAUCCCUUAGAUUCAUGUUAAUUUAAAGUUGCCAGGAUGAGACAGGACACAUGGAGCGCAUGGAGAACAGAGAACUUGGAAUAAAAAACUAAAGAAGAGCUUAGGCAAUCAAGAAUAGCUGGUUCCAAAAACAGAGAAACAGACAAGAAUGGCCAGGUGAGACGCAGCCCCGGAACCGACGACCGGGGAGUGGAGCAGGGCAGGACUUCAGUGUCGCUCUUCUUCUCCAAACAACUGCUGGGACAAAUGAUCUUGUCCUACUCCUGGAUCCGCUUCCACGAGGGUACCACACCGGAGACGGAAAUGUGUUGGCUCCAAAGACUAUGGGUAUUCCCCGUGAUAGAUAAACCCUGUCGAUCGUUUUCUCCACUAUCAGCUGUUGGAUUUGACCUCUAUUCUCUGUGCUCCCAGAUCUGUGUCCACGGAGGUCGCUUCCAGAGUGGGAAGACUCAUCUAUGUGCAAUGUGGGCAACCCCCCAUCUGACUAACCCAGUUGCAACACCCACCGCCAUAGCCCCCCACCAAAAAUUUUGGGAGAGGAGCUAUCCUCAAACCAGUCACUUGCCCUCUUUCCCAAGUCUUCUGUCCAACUGCUGUGUCCUUAGUUGUGGUCGGUCAUUCUGUAACACUACAGAGACCAUGUCAGUGCGGGGCGGCGGCAGCACUGGCAGUUUGCGGGGCUCUGUGCGAGCCGGUGGUGGUGGAGGCUCAUUCAGCAUGCACUCCCUGCUCCAGUCGUACGGCUCUGCCCUGCGCCGACCACGCAGCCUGGGCCGCAGCCUUAGCUCCUAUCUCAACCACACCACACGUCUGGAGAUAGUCCAUGAAGAUGUGAAGAUGGGCUCUGAUGGAGAGAGUGACCAGGCCUCAGCCACCUCAUCUGAGGGGGUACACAGUCCUGUCAGAGUCCGUCUGAGGAACAAUCCUGGACGCAAGAUAUCUACCGAGGAUAUAAACAAGCGGUUGUCUCUGCCUGCGGACAUCCGUCUCCCAGAUGGCUACUUGGAAAAAUUCUGUCUGAACAGCCCUCUGUUUGACAAGCCUCUGAGUCGACGACUCAGGAGAGUCUCCCUGUCUGAGAUUGGCUUUGGAAAGCUAGAAACCUAUGUGAAGCUGGACAAACUUGGAGAGGGAACCUAUGCAACAGUAUAUAAAGGGCGCAGCAAGCUGACAGACAACCUGGUGGCCUUGAAAGAGAUACGGCUGGAGCAUGAAGAGGGGGCUCCCUGCACUGCCAUCAGAGAGGUGUCUCUGCUGAAGGAUCUGAAACACGCCAACAUAGUGACCCUCCAUGACAUCAUCCACACACAGAAGUCUCUCACACUAGUCUUUGAAUAUCUGGAUAAAGACCUCAAGCAGUAUCUGGAUGACUGUGGCAACUGUAUCCACAUGCAUAAUGUGAAGCUCUUCCUGUUCCAGCUGCUGCGUGGCCUCAACUACUGCCACUGCCGCAAGGUCCUCCACAGAGACCUCAAACCACAGAACUUGCUCAUCAAUGACCGCGGCGAGCUCAAACUGGCUGACUUUGGCCUGGCUCGGGCAAAGUCUAUUCCCACCAAGACUUACUCAAACGAGGUUGUGACGCUGUGGUACCGUCCCCCUGACAUUCUCCUAGGAUGCACAGACUACUCAACACAAAUUGAUAUGUGGGGCGUUGGUUGUAUUUUCUAUGAGAUGUCUACAGGCCGUCCUCUGUUCCCUGGCUCUACAGUGGAAGAGGAGCUGCACUUUAUCUUUAAACUGCUAGGUACACCCAACGAGUCCACCUGGCCUGGAAUUACCUCCAACGAGGAAUUCAUCUCGUACAACUACCCGCGAUACAGAGCAGACUGUCUACAGAACCACACCCCCAGACUGGACAAUGAAGGAGUGGAACUGCUGUCUAAGUUGCUCCAGUUUGAGGGAAGGAAGCGUAUCUCAGCAGAGGAGGCCAUGAAGUGUCCAUACUUUCACACGCUGGGUCACCGAGUGACCACACUGCCUGACACUACAUCAAUAUUUGCACUUCAAGAUAUUCAGCUGGAAAAAGAGCCAGGGAAUAGAACCAGCUCCUUGUCUGACUCAGAGCUCUUAAAAAGAUGCUUAAGGUUCCGCCACACCUUAGUGAACAGCAUAUCUCGACAACACAGCCUGCUCUUCUGAGUGAAGUGAGAGAUAUUGAGGGAGGGAGCAGGAGCUGAGUCAUUUCUGUGCAAUGAAGGGAAACAUAUUUUUCUUCUUUAUACCUUUUGAACUGUAUCAUUGUUGGUCCUGUGGCAUUUAGUAUUGAGAGGGGUCACUAGCUGUUUACAUGUAAUAUGAGGCUGAGGAGGAUAAGUUAUCUUAUUCUGUUUGCUCUCAAUAAGCAUUCUCUCCUCCAUAGAAACAUUGACUAUAUACACUCAUACCAUUAAGUUUACCAUAAAUGCUGACAGGGAAAGACAGCCUUAGUAUACAGUACAGUGAAGAAAAAAAAAUUCCCACGUUUCUGACUCCCUCUGUAAUUGCAUAGUUGUCACUGAAAGAUUUCACAUCAUAAUACAAAUGUAAUAUUAGAAGAAGAGAACCCAAGUAAAUGCAAAAUUCAGUGUUUAAAUGAUAAUUGUAUUAAUUUAAGGAACAGUUGUCCAACAUGAACUGGCCCUGUAUGCAAAAGCAAAUGGGCAAACACUUUUUCACUACAUUGUACAUAGUAAGCUAGCUACUGUGUUGUUUAGUUUACAGAUUGAAAUCCUGUAACAAUAAAUCAAGACAUACAUGUCACAUCAUUCUUUGAAUGCAAUAAUCAUCACCCGUAGAUUUCAAUGGAUUUGGACCAAAUCUUUAGACUCACUUCAGUUAUGCACAUUGAUAUUGCAAUACCCUGGGGCUUUGUUUUUGUUGAAGGAAUCAUCUGAAAAAUGAAAUAGCUUGAAUAAGUGAUUAGUUUAUUAGAGUUGUGUUCUGAGAGUGGAGAAACAUGGUGAGGCUAUAGUGUCUCACCUUAGUCUUCCAACCUCCUAUCUCCACUACAGCAAGAAAUUACAGUCUCUUCAUGUAAAUUAAAUGCAUACAGUGCCAUGGCAGCAUUCUAGGGAAAUCUUCAUGUUGUAUUUAUUUAUUUAUUUUCAUAAAGCUGUGCUUUGCUGACUGGUACAAUGGAUUGAAAAAGAAAACAUUUCUGGAGUUUCAGUAACCAUUUUUCCAUGAACCUGGUCAUUGAGUUAUGUUCAUUGAUAAAGCCAUGCAACACCCAACACGAAUUGAGCUUCCAUAUUGAAACUCCACAACUCUGAUAUGUCCUUUAGGCCACAGAGUACAAACUAAAUUUGUUGUGUAAUUGUGUUUAUAUCUUGCCCUGUUUUGAUUUAAAUUUUGCAGAAUUUUUUGCUAACUUAGUACAAUGAUGUAUGUUUUUCCAUCUAUUAGGGUGAAACAGACACUGACUGGGUGCAUCAUUAGUAUUAUGCAAUCAACUACUGAUGUGGUUACCCCAAUUAUUAAAAAUGGUUUUCCUAAA